AUGGAGCGGCGGGCGCAGCAGCCCGGCGAUGCGCAACAGCCAGGCAAGGACGGCGGCGGCGACUCUCCUCCUCCACCGCAACCGUUCUUGGAGGUGACGUGCAGGAGCUCCGGCAAGGUCCGGCGGUUCGCGGCAGGGACGACGGCCCGCUACGCGCUGCACGCCAUCAACCGCAAGCUCGAACCCGAGGCCCCGACGGCGCUACACGUCGAGCCCGUCAGGGACGGCGAAGAGCCCGUCAGCUUCGGCCCCAACGCGGCCCUCGCCAACUACGGCCGCGGCUGGAGGCUGCAGACCGUCACCGUACCGUUCCCCGAGAACCGAGUGCAAACCACCCGACUUAAAAGGUUCCAAAUACAAGCGAGCGAUAAGUUACGUAGACAAGAUGACUCCAGGGUUGUGGAGUCAUCGUAA